AUGGAGAGCGAUGAUGAUGCUAACAAGAGAUACCCAAUAGGCCAAACACCACCAGAAAAAGAGUUUUCAUAUGUCCCUAAAUCUUAUGAAAUCUCAACAUCAAGUAGACCAAGUUUGAACCCGGAAAUCACAAAUGUAGUGGUCAUUGACUUAGCUGGUCUCAAUGAUCCUGAUCAACGACCCAACAUUGUCAAGAACAUUGGAAAUGUUUGUCGCGAAAGUGGCUUUUUCCAGAUAAUCAACCAUGGGAUAUCACAAAAAGUGCUCGACGAUGCAUUAGGAACUGCAUUUGGGUUUUUCAACCUGCCAACAACAGAGAAGACAAGGUACAUGUCUAAUGACGUUCACAAGCCAGUUCGCUAUGGGACAAGUCUAAAAGAUGGGGUUGACAAAACUCAGUUUUGGAGGAUUUUUCUUAAGCACUAUGCUCAUCCUUUGAAUGAUUGGAUCCAACAAUGGCCCGAUAAACCAUCUGAUUACCGCGACAAAAUGGGGGAUUAUGCUAUGAAAGCAAGGCACUUGGCCCUCGAACUUAUGAGGGCCAUAACCGAAAGUCUUGGAAUUGGCCCAAAAUAUCUUGAAAACAAGAUGGAAGAUGGUAUGCAAGUGAUGGCAGUUAAUUGUUACCCAAAAUGUCCAGAACCACAUCUAGCUUUAGGAUUGCCACCUCACUCGGACUAUAGUUGCAUAACCAUUGUACAUCACAGCUUGUGUGGUCUUGAAAUCAUGGACGCUUCUGAUGGCACUUGGCGACUAGUCCCUGAACUACACGGGGCUCUCCAAGUCCAUGUGGGCGACCAUGUGGAGGUACUAAGUAAUGGACUAUACAAGAGCAUAGUUCAUAGGGUUACCCUCAACAACGAUAAGACUCGGGUUUCUAUUGCAAGUUUACAUAGUAUGGGAAUGGAUGAAAAAAUGGCACCUGCCGAAGAACUUAUUACUGAUGAACAUCCCACAAAGUACAAGGAAAGUAGCUUUAGGGAUUUCUUGAAUUUUCUCACAAGAAAUGACAUUUCAGAAGGAAAGAGCUUCAUCCAAUCACUCAAGAUCAACUAAA